CUGGUGCCUGUGUGUCAGGCAAGCAUGAAGUCGGUCGCUGUAACGUUCUGUCUCCUCGGCUUUCAGUUUGGAGCCCUGUAUGGAGCUGAUACCUGCUCAUCAAGACCGUGCAAAAAUAUAGAUCAGCUGCAUGUCUCUGACCCCCAGGUGAUGGUGGAAUUUAAGAGUGGAAACUUUAAGUUCAUAUUCCACAACCCCCAAAAUGUGAGUGAAUUCAGCAUGACCCUCUUCAAAGGGCACGAAAAGAAGGAGAUCUGUGCUCUCCAUGUAAGCAAGGAGAAAGCUAUCCCCAAGAGUAACGUCACCUACUGUCAGGCAGAGCAUUCAAAUACCAGCACCACUUUCAUACUCACAAAUCUGGAAAGAAAGCACAUCGACACUUAUACCUACUGCCUGGAGAUGUUCUUACCCCCUCCUUACAUAGAUUGCCGCCUGAAAGAAACCUAUUUGUACAUCCAGGAUAAGGAAGACUGCAUUUCACUGGGAAUCAUGUCAUGGGUAACUAUUGGCCUGAUUGUGUUUGCCAUGAUUUCCUGUGUCUGCUGUGUAGCAGCCUGUCGCUUAAGGAACAAGGUAAGCAAGUCUACGAGAUUCUGCACAACCCUCCUUCCAAGGGUCAUGGACAGGGAACUUGAUUUAAUGAGAUUUAGAGGGUGGGACAGGCAUAUACUCAGCACGUGAUAUGUUUUUUGACAAAGAGACUGAGCUGUUAAUUUACCACUGAAAUUCACUCACUGAUGACAGCAGCUCAGAUUUAAUUUUUCUAAGACAGAAUUGUCUAUUGAUUUAAGGGCUGGGAAUUAAAGGAAAGAAGAGAAAUGCUGCACAGGUCAGCAAAAUUACUUUGGUAAGCAAUUCACCUGAUUGUUUUCUUCAAGAGGGGGAAACAAAUCAUCAGUGGAGCAAUUCCAGCUCUGUUCUGGAGCAAAACCACUUAAACAAAGAACCAGUUGGCUCAGGGAAGAAAGGAGACUGUGGACAUUAGUUAUUUUUUUUUGGACAGUGCGUUUUUCAUUUUCAGUUUGUUCUAUUCCAACUUUUCUACCUGAGUGCCUGUCUAUUCUGACUUUAAUAUUCACACUUAAAACAGUCAGAUUAACUGCCCUGUUUAAAGAACAAAGGUAGGAGUGGUGGAGGUUAGUGACCACAAAUUAAAGUCAUGGCAUUUCCUCUCUGUUUGCAGAAUCAGCAGUGUGAAUCCAACUCCCACGAGUACAACAGUGAAUACAUGCCCAUGGCAGCAGUGAAUGCAGCAAAAAAAACAAGAAUCUGAGGUUGUAUUAAGACUAGUAGUACUUGAACCUUUGCCUCUAACUGUUGCAAGGCUUUCUCUGGGAGGGACAGGGCUGCUUGCUGUGCCUCCCAUUGAGUCUAGGUGGGUGGGUGGGAAGAAGGGAUCAGCACAGUAGCUCGUGCUGCCAUGUAGCAGGAAAGGGAAACAGAACAAAAUCUCAGGAAAGCUUUUGAAUCAGAAUGGUGGGCUGGUUCCUAGAAAUGCAACUGUUUUGCUUUGCAUCGGUGCCAAGUGAUGAUCUUAUACAUGAGGAAGGCAUGUAAAACUGUUCCAUUCAGAUUCUUCAGAUAGUGUGUGCUACCCAAGGAGGCACAAGAGAUUUACUAGAUUCACUCAGGGUUACUGGCUAGGGACAAAUAAUCUGUAGGGAGUAAGGAAUUUCCUAACUACUUAAAUCCUUGCAUUGUAGCCAGAAGCAGUUUGGAUACAGAACAGAAGGAGAGGUUGGACUGAUUCAAACACAUGUGGGUUGCACAUAACUAAUUCUCCAUUUCUAUUCCAGGUGUAAGUUGCUUGUGGCAUAGACAUUCUGGCAGUGGAAGUUUCCAGCUACUUGAACCUGGACAAUGGGAAAACCCUGGGAAAUGGGAAAUCAACAUUUCCUCACCUUCUGCCUCCCUGAGCUCUCAGGAUGGUCCUGUGCUCAGUCAUGAGACACCCACUCUACCACUGCUCUAAACUCUGUUUUGCGCUAGCCUUGUGUGUUAACUGGCACGCUGCCUGAUCCACUGACUUAUACACGAAAUGCUAACAAUGUGUUAAAGAUGUCAGCUUUCAGCUGAAGAAAAUAUAGGGUUUGCUUGAGAGUAGAUUCUUGCAGUGGUGCUACAGAGGCAACUUCUACUUUCUACAGUUUCCUUUAUGGUAACUUUCCACUGGUUACAAAAAAAAAAGAAAAAAAAAAGACUACCUCCAAUGCCAUUCCUUGUGGCACAGCCGUGAAGUGCUGUCAAUGUAUUGCACAAGCCCUUUUAUUAGGGCUAGUCUAGCCUGAUACUAUGAAGUUAUCUUCAGAUCCACUGUCAAACUUCUUAGCACCACAUUAGGCCAGUGUGGUAUGCACACAUGCUCUCCUGCCUGAGAGAGCACAGCAGAGACUUUAUUGUGACAUAGAACCUUAGGUAUGCUCCAAUGCAUUUGUGCUAGCAGUACAUCUUUGCCAUUCACACCAUAGGCCUCCUCUUAUUUAAUUAAAUUCUGAAUUCUUCUUCCAAAAUAGUAAUAUAUUACUUUUGAGACUGCAAUUGUUCUUUAAAUCAGUUCAAACCUACAGGAUAAGUCCCUAAACUAGGAGGCAUGACGUCUCCUAUUCACAUAUCUUACAGCACCAAUACAACAGUAUCCAUAAGGGCAGGGUAUUCGUGGACUCUGGUUUGCAAUUAUUUUCCUCUUGUGGUUUGACAUGAAACCUUUACCACUUCCCCCGUGGGUUUAGGGGUUACUUGACCUUCUGAAAAUUGCUCAGUCUUCAAUAUAGCCCAGAAGGUCAACUUUGUCCUGGGCUGCAUCAAAAGAGGUGUGACCAGCAGGUUGAGGAAGGGGAUUGUCCCCCUCACCUCUGCCCUCAUGAAGCCCCACCUGGAGUGCUGCAUCCAGGUUUGGAGCCUCAGCACAAGAAAGAUGUGGACCUGUUAGAGCGAGUCUAGAGGAGGGCUAUAAAGAUGAUCAGAGGGCUGGAACACCUCUCCUAUGAAGACAGGCUGAGAGAGCUGUGGAAGUUCAGCAUGGGGAAGAGAAGGCUCCGGGGAGACUUCAUUGCAGCCUUUCAGUACUUAAAGGGGUCUUAUAAAAAUGAUGGAGAGGGACUCUUUAUUUGGGCAGAUAAUGAUAGGACAAGGGGGAAAGGUCUUAAGCUAAAAGAGGACAGAUUUAGACUAGACAUUAGGAAGAAAUUUUUCACUGUAAGGGUGGUGAGGCCCUGGAACAGGUUGUUCAGAGAAGCUGUGGAUGCCCCAUCCCUGGAGAUGUUCAAGGCCAGGUUGGAUGGGGCAUUGGCCAACAAGAUCUAGUGGGUGGCAUCCCUGCCUAUGGCAGCGGGUUGGAGUUGGAUGAUCUUUCACGUCCCUUCCAACCCAAGCCAUUCUAUGAUUCUAUGAUCCUUCAUGCUACUUGUGAAAUCCACCAAAACUUGGAUCAUAAAUGACCAACUGGGAAUCCAACCUGGAUAUGUUGUCAGAUACCAUUUGGCUGCUGGAAGCAGAGCGGUGCAUUGAUGGAGUCUUUCUGUAAUUCACUGACAAAACACAUACUGGUCAGAGGACACUAUGUUGAAAGAUGCAUAGCCUGCUUGUCUGGUAAAUGGAAGGCUGGUUUCAAACUUGACAGGGUAAAACAGGGAUGAUCAGACACGAAGGGGACAUUGCUGGUAAGUCAGGAAUGGGUAUUUCCUCAACAAAAACCUAAAUACAUAGAGAUACUUCAGGAAGAAGGUGCAAAUUGUAAGCUGUGACAUUAAGCGAGGGGGAAAUGAGUACAGCACCAAAUAAAGUAGGGAUUGCCAAUUUUGCAGCAGCUACCCUGGUUUGAUAACCAGGCUCCUAGGCAGAGAUGUAGAGGGGUACCCUGGCAUGUUGGCCAACAUUACAUUCUUUUCUGUCGUUCCAAUAAAUAACUUUGCCAACUGACCUAAUUUCCCUAUAAAGCAAAACUAUCCUCUGUACACCCACAAAUACAUGACUUCACCAUUUUGAAAAUUAUUGGUGAAAUAAUUAGCUUUUAAAAUUAUCAGUGAAAAUAACUAACCUUUACUGCUUGUAAUAAAUGCUGGAUAUAGGAUUCUAUGUAAGAGUGGAGAGUCCUAGUCUCUAGAAACUUUCAUCAGACUGAGAAGGAAAUUCAUGGAAUAAAGAGUUUCUGAAAGAAGGAAAAACCUAAGGUUUGCCUUGAGGUGCUGCUGGAUAAAGGAUAAAUGAUAAACAUGAUCUGAUUUUUUUUAUUAUUUUCCUGGGGGGGGGGGGGGGAUCCUUUGGGGACCCAAGAAUUGAACUCGAUGAACCUUGUGGGUUCCUUUCAACUCAGAUAUUGUAUGAUUCUAUGAUAGUUCAAAAUAUACUGUGCUCUAGAAAGAGAAAUGGUUUAUACCCCUUGUAACAAAGCUUUGGGAAAUCUCAGGUUCUAUCUCUGCUUUUUUUUUUUUUUAAAGAGAAAUUUUUAUUCUUAAUAAAACUGUUUU